CACACAAAUUAAAACCCAAAUCAAUCUCUCUCUCUCUCUCUCUCUAUAUAUAUAUAUCUAUCUAUCUAGCUCUCUUUUGCUCUUCAAUGGCUUCCAUACCUCAGUUCUAUUAUUCAAACCAGACGCUCCCUUGUGAUUACUCUGACUUCACCACUAUGAAUCCACUGAACGGAGUAAAUUCCUCUGUUAUGGAAGAAAACACAAUGUGGGGUGAUCAUCAUCACCGAUAUGGCUUGGUUCCUCUGCUAGAUAACACCUUUGGUUCUGCUCUUGAUCAUGAUGAUCAUACUGUGUCGUCCAUCAUGCAUUUUUCUGACCCGUGGUUGCCAGCUUUGCCGGAGCACCGGUCCAGCAUGUCGCCUUCGGACUUGGCCGUGCCGGAAGUCUCAGACCUCCAAACCCACCACGACGGCUUCUAUGGCAUUAAUAGCAAUAAUAAUGAGGGUUUUCAUCAGAGCUUUAGCAGUGGAUUAUUAUACCAGCAACCAUAUAUCGGUGACUUUGGAGAUGAAUGCCGUGGCUCAGUGGAAGACGUGAAGCCUCUUGCUUGUCCUAAAACUUCUUCAAGAGAUAAUAACUGGGGAAUUCAAGGGAAUCAAGUGGCGGCAGUUGAUCGAGAGAACAUUAAGGUUGGAAGAUAUUCGGAAGAAGAAAGGAAAGAAAGAAUUCUGAGAUAUCUGAGGAAAAGAAACCAAAGGAACUUCAACAAGACAAUCAAGUAUGCUUGUCGGAAAACCCUAGCUGAUCGGAGGGUCAGAGUCAGAGGAAGAUUUGCCAGAAACAACGAGCUAAGUGAGGAUGAAAUGACAAUGAAAAAGAAUAUUGAGAAUCUUCAACAAUACGACUUGUAUGGUGGUGAUUCCAUCCAGUUCCAGUUGAAGAAUGAGGAGGAGGAUUGGCUGCAAGGAGCCAUGGAAAGUCUGGUGUUUCUAUCUCAUUCUUCACCAGAAGAUAUAUAAUAAUAGUAAUAAUAUAGAGCUUAAUUAAUGGAGUUAUACAUGGACGUGGCUAGCUAUAGCUAGAUUCUAGAAGAAUAUGCGUGGGCUCUUCUGAAGUAAAUGAUUUGAAAUUAGUGCAAGCUUAGUAAAAUAUUAUGUAUGCUAGUUUAGUUGGUUUUUUUUAAUAGUUAAGGACGUAGGUGUAAGCUUUAAUAUUAUUGCAUGGCGGUGUAAUUACUUCAUACAUAAUCUCAUCUUUAAUUUUUAAUCAA